UCGAUUCAAUACUUUUAUAAAUCUUUUUAUUCCACUUUUGAAACCUCCUACAAUUUCUAAAUCCUCAGUUAAUCUAUUUACAAAAUCUAAUACAAGUGAAAUGAGCUGUCCUGAUUGCAGAAAAUGAGUAAGCGCAUAAACGAGUUUUUCAUAUGUAGUGUGGAGCUGCAUGAUUUCGAUACAAAAUGAUUGAUGAUCAUAUAUUCUCUUUGCAUCAUUAAAUCCGUCUCUUUACUCUUUUUCUUUUCCUUCCUCUGUUCCUACAAAUUCAAUAGGAGGUUGAUAGUGAUAAAUGGAUGCAUUUUUUAUUUUCCCGAUAAUUUUGCUGUUCAUUGUAUUCUUAUUGAGAAAAUCCAGUACAAAACACAAAAUACGACGCACUUUUACCUUUUCUCUUUCAGUUGAAGAUUAGUAAUAUUAGGCGUAUCAUUCUUCUCCAAGUAAGAUCAGAAGCAUAUUGAAAAGCUUCAAUCAUUAAAAUAAGGUGUUUAAACGACCAGCUGUUAUUAAAUGGAAAACAAGAAUUGAUUACCUACAUGACCCAAAAUAGCGAUAUAAACAGAAAAAGAAAAUAGAAAUAAACAUAGAGUUUUUCCUCUUUUUAUAUUUUUGUCCUCUCUAUGC